UUCAUCAUCACACAAUUGAGCUGCUCUGAAGGGUUCAUUGGAAUUCCACAAGAGCGUGGAGAGGAGCAGUUUCUGAUUUAUAAAUAGGGACACAGUUGGUUGCAAUCUCCGCUCAGAUUGAACUCUCUUCCCACUGUGUUGUCCUCUCAUUUUCUCCACGGUUUUGGCAAAUUUGUGUCCUUAUUGUUUUUAGUAAAACAACAAAUAUGGCGGCCGCGAUAUCUUCAGUAAGUUGCAUCUCUGCAGCUAAGCUCUUCUCCGUUGCAGCUGCACCUCACGCAACGAGGCGCACUUCUGUGCUGCACAUCAGCGCUGUAGCUGACAAGGUCUCUCCUGAUCCAGCCGUCGUGCCCCCAAAUGUGCUCGAGUAUGCGAAGACAAUGCCCGGAGUGACUGCUCCGUUCGAGAACAUCUUCGACCCUGCUGACCUCCUGGCCCGCGCUGCCUCCAGCCCCCGACCCAUUAAGGAGCUGAACAGGUGGAGGGAGUCGGAAAUCACUCACGGCCGUGUUGCCAUGCUUGCCUCUUUAGGAUUUAUUGUCCAGGAGCAGCUCCAGGAUUACUCUUUGUUCUACAACUUUGACGGCCAAAUCUCUGGUCCAGCUAUCUACCACUUCCAGCAGGUUGAAGCUCGCGGUGCCGUCUUUUGGGAGCCUCUUAUCUUCGCCAUCGCUCUUUGCGAGGCAUACAGAGUAGGUCUUGGUUGGGCAACUCCCCGUUCCCAGGACUUCAACACAUUGAGGGAUGACUACGAACCCGGUAACUUGGGCUUUGACCCCUUGGGCCUCCUCCCAACUGAUCCCGCUGAAAGGAAGGUUAUGCAGACCAAGGAGCUCAACAAUGGCCGUCUUGCCAUGAUCGCUAUCGCCGCUUUCGUUGCUCAGGAACUGGUCUCCGGUGAGGAGAUUUUUGAGCAUUUGUUCAAAAGAUUAGGUCUGUAAGCUAGCUGUAGUUGUAUAUACUUCAUUGGUAAGUGGCAAGGACUGUAUUUUAAUGCCGGAGGCACGGGUCAGAGUUUCUGUCCACCUUUUAUUGAACCCGGGAUUUUUUGUGAUCCACAUUUUGGACGGUGAUGAAUUUUAGAUGGAGGCUGAGUUUACCGAAGCUAGCCAGGUGGGUAGUAUAGCAGUGUUCCUUCAUGCUAAGGAUAACAUGUACGUUCAUUCCCAAUUGAUUUGUUACGAAAACAGUGUGCUAGGCAUACGACAACAA